UUUGAGCAAAUGGUUCUCUUGAUUUUCGCUAGAUGCUCUGCCACGGGAUAGCCUCUAUCAUGCUCCUGCCGUGCCUUGACUUGUCCUGGCUUAAGCUAGGUUGUCUUUGUCCUGCCUCAUCAUCAUUGUAACCAUGUCACCAUGUUACCAUGUUACCAUGACCAUAGCCUCUCAGGGGUCAGGCUCUCACCGACCCCAACCCAGUCCAACCUAAUCCAUGCUUUGUGCUUUGUGUUUUGUGCCCUUGUAUGUGUUUUGCACAACCUCGGAAAAUAUCCAACCCAUAGCAAUAGCUUAUGCCAACAUCAUCUAAUCUAUCCCCCACGUUUUCGUUUGCAACACAUCGAUGUCUUGUCUUGCUAUUUUGGGUUGUGCGUGUGUGUGUAUGCGUUCGUGUAUCUGUCUGGCAAAUCGACAGGAGCACAAAGACAGGUGGGUAGGUGAAACUGGAAGGCACGCUGCACAGCUCCUUCCCAGAUCGAGCUUGCACGACACCCCCAAGAGAUACAGAGACAAACAGGGCAGGAGUACAAAGCAACUGGAAACUCGAAACAGAUAGAAAUGCAAUUUAUCUGAUACCCGUCCUGGUCAUACCAGGGCAUCAACCAAUGCAAUCAUGAAAAAAAAAACCAUACACCCCGGUGGUGGUGGUGACCUGACUCCCCAACAUGAUAAAGUGAAAUGGGUAUGCAAAACAGAUGGUUUUUUCCCUGAAACCAUCAAAAGGUUCGCUGUCUAUGAAUGACAAAACGCUCUUUU